AUGGAAAUUCAACAACAUCGUGGAGCAAAGCAGUUCCAGUGUGAAACUUGCUUGAAGAACUUCACGACCAAAAAUAUUUUAAACCGGCAUUUCUGCUCACAUACCAGUGAAAAGUCAUACAUAUGCAUUGUAUGUGAGAAUGGGAUCAUAAGUUCUGGUCAUUUAACCGCACACAAGCGUAUAUAUGCUAAUGAGAAACCAUACAUAUGCGAUGCAUGUGACAACGGAUACAGAAGUUUUAAUAAUUCAAACACACACAAGCGCAAACAUACUAGUAAGAAGUCGUACAUGUGCGGUGUAUGCAAGAAAGGAUUUAGAAGUUCCAGUAAUUUAAACACGCACAAGCGCACACAUACUGGUGAGAAGCCACACAUAUGUGAUGUAUGCAAUAAAGGAUUUAGAAGUUUUGGUCAUUUAACCGCACACAAAUGCAUACAUACUGGUGAGAAGCCGUACAUGUGCAAUAUAUGUGAGAGAGGAUUCGGAAGUGCCAGUAAUUUAAACACGCACAAGCGCACACAUACUGGAUUUAGAAGUUCUGGUCAUUUAACCGUACACAAGUGCAUACAUACUGGUGAGAAGCCGUACAUGUGCGAUGUAUGUGAGAGAGGAUUCCGAAGUUCCAGUAAUUUAAACACGCACAAGCGCACACAUACUGGUGAGAAGCCACACAUAUGUGAUGUAUGCAAGAAAGGAUUUAGAAGUUCUGGUCAUUUAACCGCACACAAGUGCAUACAUACUGGUGAGAAGCCGUACAUGUGCGAUGUAUGCAGGAAAGGAUUUAGAAGUUCUGGUCAUUUAACCGUACACAAGCGCAUACAUAGCGGUGAGAAGCCAUACAUAUGCGAUGUAUGUGAGAAAGGAUUCGCUAGUUCAUGUAAUUUAAACUCACACAAGCACAUACAUACUGGUGGGAAGCCAUACAUAUGUGAUGUAUGUAAGAAAGGAUUUAGAAGUUCUAGUGGUUUGAACAGACACGCGCACAUGCAUACUGGUGAGAAGCCGUUCAUGUGCGAAAUAUGUGAGAAAGGAUUCGCAAGGUCUGAUAAUUUGAAAACACACAAGCGCGUACAUACCGGUGAGAAGCCAAACAUGUGCAAUGUGUGCAAGAAAAACUUUACGUCUUCUAGUCUUUUGAAUCAACACAGGCGCACACAUACCUGA